UAUCAAUUCAAUAUGCUACGUCCAACAACCUGCCAAAAAAAAGCAAAGAAGGCUUAUGAAGCGAAAGCGCAUAAGUAUAAUAUCAAUGCUAAUAACUCUGAAGCAGAAAACUCUGAUAAUACUGACAAUAUUUCUGUUUAUGAUGAGGCGGCUGAGAAUGACAAUGCUGCAAGCAUUAUAAAACAACUUCAAGAAGCACCAUUUGAAAAUGAUAACGCUGAAAAUAUUGCAAAAAAACUUCAAGAUGCAGUAAAUAAAUAUUACCAGGAAUGUGAUUCUAGCCAACCUCGUAGACUUCGCUAUCUAGGAAACUCAGUCUGCACUAAAAGAAGAAAAAGACAACAACAGUGUGAAGCAGCAAAAGGAACCCCUCCACUACAUACUUUUUGGAACCAAGAAAAAUCUCAUCAAGAAGCUGGUGAAGUAGAAUCAUAUGAUAAACAGUUAGAAGGCAAAGGUCAAUUGGAGAAAGUCGAUGAGGAAGUCGAUAAAGAAGUUGAUGAGAAAGAUGCUAGAGAACUUUUAGAAGAUGAAAUUGAAAUCGAUAAUUAG